AAAUAUCGUCCAGUUGGGACGAGAGUAUUUUGUAAUUAUUUAAGUGAGCAAGGAAAUUUAAAUAAAAAAAUCCCUUCACCAUGGCUAUGCGUGUGCUUGGCGUUUCGCAAAAUAUGCGACAAUUAUCUAAAGGAAUCAAUUUGUUGAAGCGCUACAAAGCUUCCGAUGCCGCUAGCUUGAAGAAGACUCUCGUCAACAUCCCAGCCACUCAAGUGACCACUUUGGAUAAUUGCUUGCGUGUUGCCAGUGAAGAUUCUGGUGCCGCCACUGCCACCGUGGGUCUAUGGAUCGAUGCUGGUUCUCGUUCUGAGACCCCACAAAAUAAUGGUGUUGCUCACUUCUUGGAACACAUGGCUUUCAAGGGUACUGCCAAGCGUUCCCAAACCGAUUUGGAAUUGGAAGUUGAAAACAUGGGUGCUCAUUUGAAUGCCUACACCUCUCGGGAACAAACUGUUUUCUACGCCAAGUGUUUGUCUAAGGAUGUACCCAAGGCUGUUGAAAUCUUGGCCGACAUCAUCCAAAACUCCAAAUUGGGAGAAUCCGAAAUUGAGCGUGAACGUUCCGUAAUUUUGCGUGAAAUGCAAGAAGUUGAAAGCAACUUGCAAGAAGUAGUAUUCGAUCAUUUGCACGCCACUGCCUACCAAGGUACCCCAUUGGGCCAAACCAUCUUGGGCCCCACCAAGAACAUCAAGUCCAUUGGCAAAGCCGAUUUGCAAGACUACAUUAGCACCCACUACAAGGCUUCUCGCAUUGUCUUGGCCGGUGCCGGUGGUGUCAAGCACAACGACUUGGUUAAAUUGGCUGAUCAACAUUUGGGCAAGUUGGCCAACACCUAUGAUGGCAAGCCACCAGAGGUUACUCCCUGCCGUUUCACUGGCUCUGAAGUCCGUGUACGUGACGAUUCCUUGCCUUUGGCUCACAUUGCCAUUGCUGUUGAAGGUUGCGGCUGGACCGAUCAAGAUAACAUUCCCUUGAUGGUUGCCAACACCCUUAUCGGAGCCUGGGAUCGUUCUCAAGGUGGUGGCGUCAACAAUGCCUCCAACUUGGCUCGUGCCAGCGCUGAGGACAAUUUGUGCCACAGCUUCCAAUCCUUCAACACCUGCUACAAAGAUACCGGUUUGUGGGGCAUUUACUUCGUCUGCGAUCCAUUGGAAUGCGAAAACAUGCUUUUCAACGUACAAAAGGAAUGGAUGCGUCUCUGCACCAUGGUCACCGAAGCUGAAGUUGAACGUGCCAAGAACUUGUUGAAGACCAACAUGUUGUUGCAAUUGGACGGCACAACCCCCAUCUGUGAAGAUAUCGGUCGCCAAAUGCUCUGCUACAACCGUCGCAUCCCAUUGCACGAAUUGGAACAACGCAUCGAUGCCGUCGAUGUCCAAAAUGUACGCGAUGUUGCCAUGAAAUACAUUUUCGACAGAUGUCCAGCUGUUGCCGCUGUCGGUCCCGUUGAAAAUCUUCCCGACUACAACAGAAUUCGUUCCUCUAUGUACUGGAUGAGAGUCUAAAUUUUAA